UGGAGAAGCCGCUGUAAUUCGCCCCGCCACAGCACCUUGGUGACUUGCUAUAGUGGGGGUUUCGCGGCCACUCUGAAGUAGCUCCCUCCCAUCUCCAACAAAAGUUUCACAUUUACAAACAUCGUCGAUCUCUGCAGACUUCACGGAGCCGAUCAGCCGCGUCACAGUAACCCUUAGCUACGCGUAUACGACCGAUACCCCUAUACACAACCGCGAACUAUAGCUGAACAUCACGCUGAUACUACAUCAUGAGUGCCAAAGUACCCCGCAACUUUCGUCUCCUCGAGGAGCUUGAGAAGGGCGAGAAAGGCCUCGGUGCUGAAGCCUGCAGUUAUGGUCUUGAGGAUGGCGAGGAUCUCUUGAUGAGCAACUGGAACGGUACCAUUCUCGGUCCUCCUCACUCCGUCCACGAGAACCGUAUCUACAGCGUCAAGAUGCACUGCGGAGAGCAGUACCCUGAUCAGCCUCCCACGAUUCAGUUUGUUAGCCAAGUCAACCUGCCUUGCGUCAAUUCGCGUAACGGUGUUGUCGACCCGUCUAUGCUCCCUUGCCUCGCCCAGUGGAAGCGCGAAAAUACCAUGGAGACUGUCCUCAUUGAACUUCGAAGGUAUGUUUAGCACAGAAGUUAGAUUGGCAUAUUUGCUAACAGCACAAAGAUAUAUGGCUGCUCCUGCCCACAAGAAGAUCCCCCAGCCUCCCGAGGGCUCGACCUACGAAUAAAUACAUAGCAACAGCAUAGACAUUGAACCCGCCUGUAAGCACAUGGACAUGGCAAGGGCCCAUUGCUUCCAGAUAUGAGGAUAUUGGGGAUGAAUGAGCAUCGGGUAGAGGGCAGAGCUACUGCGGAGCAAAUGGCGCAUGCGUUUCGUUAUUUCAACAAGACAUCUUUACAAGCACCACAAAUACCACAUUUUAGAUUUUACUAUACACCGCGUAGUGACUGGCCAAAAUUAAAGUGAGAAAAACGUAUUAUUUAAUCAGUUGAGCCUCUUCUAUCAGAGAACUCGUGUAUUCUCGGGAGAAAGGACUUUCAGGCCCGGGGUAUUCUGAAUAUAAAGGAAAAUGCAGAUAUCGUCAGUAGUAUAGGCUCGAAUGCCUCGCUCGAAAACGCCCGUCGUCAUUCCUAGAUCUCGGACGCUGCUUCCGAGUAUGGAACGUUCAUUGGUGUACCCAAGUUCAUUAUAAAAAGACAAAAAAAGAAACACAGAAAUAAUACAGUAUGCCAGACAUAUAAAACAGCAUGGUCGUUGAGCUUAAUCAUUCUCGCCCCACCAGCCUGGUUCAUUUGGAGGCAGAGAGCCAACAGCGCUCAGUCUUGCUAUGCUGCCCAAUCUCGAUCGAGACGGACCUUCUUCAGCAAAUCCAUCUGGAGAAAUGGGGCUGUCAGGUCGUGGAACAUCAGACUCGGCCACUUCAUUCUCAUCAACUUCCGCAACGGACUCCAUCAUAGGAAUGGCUUUAGGCGAAGAUUCGCGCCUAGCAGCUGGCACGCUUGUAGGUGUGUCGGACGCACCGGAUGCCGGUGUAGUUGUAGUAGGGGCGCGAUUAGUGAACAGCGCAUUUGGGUUGUAAGUAACUGCUGGUAGGAUGUAGUCGUCCGCCAUAUCUGGGGAAAGAAGUCCCCCUGUGAGAUAGCUAAACUCUUGGAAGUCACUAGCAUCGGGGCUUGGCUCGUCAUCUUCGUAAUUGAUGGGCUCUGGUUCCUGCCCAUUGAUGUCCUCCGCUGGAUCGAAGUCGACAGUAGAGACGCUAGACUUCUUCAAAAUACUCUUCAAAGGGACUUGCGAGGAGCGCUGGCUGCCACCACCAAUGCUCUCCGUCAGGGUAUAUCGAUGAGAUGUGCGCUGACCAGUGGUUGAGGUUCGAGCUGAAGGAGGAGCCGGGAAAUCAAAAUCAAAAUGGGUUUCCGACUCGGCUACAUUGGCUUCGCUACUAUCAGGCGAUAACGGGCUAUUGUCUUGGCCAGUGCUGGUAUGGCUUUGCGGAGUUUGCUCGUCCAUCUUCUCUUGAUAUCGAAGGAUAGGCUUCAUCAACUCGGACCUUCUUGUCGCAGCUAUAAAGCGGGCUGCGCUACCAGGACCGUCAAUGGAUGAAUGUGCCGAGCGAAUGUAAAAUUCGAUAGAUGUUGGGCUGACUGGGGGUGUCAACUGUUCGCCAGAUUGAUCUUCUCUGUCAUAGAUAUGACCCAUAGCGUCAUGUUCGUCGAUCGUUUGGCGUUGGAUAGCGGAUGCCGGGAUAUUAAUCCGCGAGCUACGGAGUGCAGGCUGCAUACGUACGGCGCGAGCUUCUUGGAUAGAGGUAGAGGUUGUUGAAAUAUCUGACGCAACAGACAUUCGGUGCAUAGACAUCUGCGACGGCGUACUGGAACGAGAAUCCAACGGCGGUGUCAGAGUCGUGUCCUCGGGAUGGUCAUUGCCAUUCGGAAUUGUGAUAUAUGUGUUGGAAGGGGCAAAGCUAGUGCGUUUGCUAGACCUAUUAGUCUUGGCUUGUUCAGGCGAGCUCUGUCCGCGAGGCUGAGAAGGCUGCCUUGGUUUUGUAGGUGACCUGCUGGAGACACUAGACUGGUGGUGCAAGGUUGCGGGCGGUUGGGCUGGAGCUGGUGGUGUGUACUCAUCUUCAGACUCGGAGUCGGAGAGCAUGAGUACGCUCUGCUCUUGAAGGUUAACCGAACCAAAUCCUCGUGGAGAGGACCGCGAGGAUUGGCUCUGAGGACUGGAUAUCGAGGCAGGGUUGGGCGAGAAAGUGGCAGGCACCAGCAUGGGCCCUGCGCCGUUGGCGAAAGCCGAGCUGUUUCGAAAAGGGACGGUGCGGGGUGGCUCCGGAAACGAUUUCGGUGAGCCUCUGCUAGUAGUCUUUUCGGAUGAGCUACUUGUGCUAAUAGAACCAGAUCUCUGGGUCUCGUCGUCUUCUUCGUCUGCACCGUAUUCUUCCUGGAUGAUGGUUCGGAAGGUCAUCUGUUCAUAGUGAUCGUAAAGGUUAGGCACCUCUCUUGACGAGGAGGUGCCAGCUCUGCUACCGGCAGUGUUGGGUCGUUGCAUCUCAUACGGCGAUUGCGGUGAAUCUUUUAUGCUCCGCUUCUUAAUUUUGCGAGGUUCGCGAUAUUUAUCAAGCGUAGGGGUUCUCAUCGAGAAUAUAGAAGGAGAUUUGUUGGGUUGACUAGUGAUGCUCGUCAACAGGCCAUCUGUGCGUAGCUGUGGUAGUGACCCCUUUCUAGAAUUCUGCAGGCUGUGCGAGAAAUCCAGAGUGGCCGGUUUCUUUUUGCUUUUGAUGCCAAGGGCAUCAGUAUGCAUAGAAGGGGGACCCGCCGCCGCCAAUGGGGCAUGCUGUGCCAGAGGAUUGCUAUUUGUGUACCACGACUUGAUAGUUGAUGAUGAUUGGCUUUUACGAAGAACUCCGUGGACGUGUUGGCGACUUCUUGCUUCGUCACUUAGAAGGCCAGGCAGGACAUCUCGAUCUUCAGACCAGUCGACAUCGGAGUGUGCGAUCGCGACGUGAUGGUUGUCGUCGUCGUCAUAGCUUGGUGUCGUGCUGUCAGAUGUUGUCGCACUAAGACUGGACGAGCCAUCAUCCCAAAGUCGUGGAGAGUCGAUAUUGAUCGGGGUCGAGCCAAGAAUCUUGUGCGCUUUGCUCAUCAUAGGUUGGGGGAUGUUGAGUUCAGCAAGGUCCUUUCGCCGGCUCUUGGUAAACGUAAAUUUACCCAUUUCGCCCAGCUAAUAGACACUUUGCGUGUCGAGGGUACUGUAUCGUCGUCUGUUGGUUUCUUACAGGCUCUCUUUCUUCAUGGCAAAUAAGGAGGAGGCGCGGUGUUGGGGGCUUAAAGAGGCAAACGAGGUCGUCCGAAGAAUGUCUCAGCGAGAGUGGCUCCCCCAGAGUGGGAAUGGGCUUGCUGUCGAUGAGGGGGUAUGCUACUGUAGUGGCUGCGAUAUACAGGGAGGAGCUGGUGGCUUUGUCGCGCUGAAGUCCGACUUCCAAAGCCUCGAUGUAGCAGAUUGAGAAUAAGACAGACUUGGAAGGAUUGAAGAGAAGCAGGAACUGGCGAGGAAAAUGUAAAAGUGGUUGUAGGAUUCAGUGAGCGUACCCACUAGGCAAUUUAGUACCAAAGCUGCAAAUGCCACCAGCCGAUCAAGCGCGGAUGGGGUUAGUACCAACCCAGGACGCAAACUAAUGGAAGCGGAGCCUUGCGCGUGACAGGGCGCCAGAAGCUUUGGGUCGAACGGUUGAAGUUUCGCGGCAUGUAGAGCACUGAUGGUUCAUUACGUGCGUGCUGAUCGGCUCUGCAAAAGUGCCUCUUCCAAGUAGCGGUCUCGUCGAUCAGCGCACCAAAAGGGUUUUUACUGUGUUCGCGAAUAUCGUAUUCUUUCUUUGAGCCAUGCAGAAACGCGGGAGUUUCAGUAAUCCCAGUCUCACUUUAGACAGGAACCAAGGGCCUCCCCUACAAAUUGGGCCCAACUUGGCUCACUCAGGAGGCGUGGUGUUGCGCUGGGCGGCGUUGAUGACAGGGUCACAUUCUUUGGAGAGACUAGCGUUGACGAUGGCACCUCUUGGAACCCACGCACAGGGGACCAGG